AUGAAUACCUUUAAUCAAUCAUCCUACUCCCUCAUGAGUGGAGCGAGUAGUAGAAGCGGAAAGAGCACUACUUUGGGAGGUGUCGGUGGUGGGGGCUCGCUUUCACAUUUACCGAGAGUUGCUCCCCAUGGCCAUUCCUCACAUCCAUUGGUCGGAAAUAAUCAAGGUGGUGGAGGAGGAGCCAGUUCUCUCAUCAGACACGUUUCGGAAUUCUCCAUGUCUUCCAAUCAUUCGACAGGAGCCAUACCAAAGGCGUCCAACAAUGCUUCCUCGAGAACUUAUUUGCUGCAAGAUCCAGAGGCAGCUCUUUUUGCCGAUAGGGGAGAUACUGAAAGCCACUACUCAAAAGAAUCAUCCAAAACUGCAAAAUCUGCUUCUUCCGGAAGCAACUCUUCUGCAUUCAUUAGGAACAUUGAAAACUCACUCUUUCUUGUCAUCAAUUCGCUCAAAUAUGACAAACCUAUUCCAACAACUAUCAGUGUGUUACUUCAUCUGUUGUUAGCUUUUCAAACAUUAAGCAUCGGGUCACCCUUAGAGUAUGAUUGGGGAGAGUAUGGAAAAUGGGUGGUGAGUGUGGCCGCCAUAUCGCGAACCUUUGGUUUUCAAUUUAUGCCUUAUGAAGGAUUUAUUGCUGUUGCUGUGAUUAAUUUCCUACUAGUAUUGCUUGCACUGUUGUCCAUGUAUUUGGCAUAUAGAACUCAACGUAUUGGUAGUAGAUAUUGGGACAAAAUCCAAUUUGUGGCAAGGUUUUGCUUUGGAAGCAUAUUAAUACUAGCCAUCCCAUUUACUUUUAGCAUGAUGUUUGCAUUUUGGAAUUGCGAUUAUGAAACAACCAAGACCGUCAAUAACGCGGCAGUUUUUGUGUUGAGAAAUUUUCCUGACCGUGUUUGCUGGUCACCUUUGAAUGGAUUUUUUUCAGCAGCAUCCAUGAUUAUCAUGAUUAUUCAGAUGACACUUAUUUCGGUGUCUGCUAUAAUAUUUUGCAACACACAUAUUCAGGCCAACGACUUUUUCAUUUUGGACAAUCCAUUUACUAUAAUUUAUAUCCAUGUCACAAACUGUCUCUUUAUGAUUAUUCAUCCUUUCAUGCCGAAAUCCGUUUAUUUUGUUGCUCCUAUUAUUUAUAUUUUAAUAUCUGUGGGAUUUAUUGCACUGUUAUUGUGGAAUUUUCCUUUCGUCAGAAGAGGAGCUAAUUCUUUUUAUGGAGGAAUUGCAUUUGCAAGAGUGGGCAUUGGUAUUGUUACUCUGGUUGCAACUUUGGUAAAUUCUCAACAGAGUUGGGAGAUUGGAAUUGGGCUUGUAGGAGCUUUGAUUGGAGGCGGCGUUCUGAUGUUCAUUUUUGGAAGUAUCGUAACAGAGAUUUACUCUAGAUAUGCGCAAUCGAGAGGAAGGAAAUUGCUUAAGACAUGCCUUCAAAAACGAUCAUUCGAAUCUAUUACAGAAUCCGAGCACAAAUAUGUAAAUUACUUUAUCAGGUUUGCCAUGAAAGGAAGUGAUGACGAUAUUGGUCUUGCUGACUCUUUUACAAAAUUAGCCAUGACUCAACGACUAACAAUCAAUGCACAAACAUUAAUUUCAUGUGCUCUGUUUGUGAAAUUCGUCUUGACUAACAGCUCGGUGACCUUUGCAAUUUUGUUGAUGCAGAAAGCUCAAAAACAAAGCUCAAAUUUCUUUCUAAGGUAUUCCAUUUACUUGCGUAGUAGGGAAAUCGAAAAGGCAUCCUCAAUGGGAAGAAAUAAUUUUCAAUUGGACAACAUGGUGAAUAUUGUUCGCGCGAAAUGUGAAUUAUUGAGACAGUUACACAAAUUGUUUUGGAAAAAUAUUGCGAUGGAUCAGGGUGAUGAUAAAAAACUCUGUUUCAUCGCGAAAGAAAUUGAAAGUGUUACGAAGGAAUGUUCCAUUAUUUUUCAGAACAUGUUGUUCAACUAUAGGAAUGAAGUGAUGGUACUGAGAAGUUAUGCAUCGUUUUUGGACGAGUUUUUAUUUGAAAGUACCAUGGCAGAGGAAUUAUUUGAAGAAGCAGCAAUUCUGGAAGAAGAAAACGCCAAGAAAAGCACCGUAGAAGCGAAACGAUUAAUCGCAAAACGGAGCUCUCAUGUACUUCCAACAAAGCCUUCCAUGCACGAUACUCAUACAUCUUCACCUCACCUUCUUAAACGGAGAGGUUCUUCCAGAGAAGAGGUUGACUUUCUUGAAUCUGCAAGUCAACAUGAAUCAGCUCAAAACCACCCCCAAAAACAAAAGGACAUUUUUCGAGCUGCUUUAAAUAAGAAGGAAGAGCACAGGUUCUUGUUUCCAUAUUUGAUGUCUCUUUGUGCAGUUGGAAUUUUUUGUUUAUCCGUGAUUCUUGCGUUAGGUGUGACAAUCACUGCCAAUAACAAUCGUGACAUUGACCUCAUUAUGAAAGCCUGCGCCAUCUCGUCUCUGCCUUAUGCCACACUUUCUGAUAUUCGAAACAUGCAAGCAAUACUGAAAUAUACGAAUUCAUCUCCAUCGAUGCAGGAUCAAGUGAAGAAGAGAGUAGAAUCUAACAUUCAAAGCAUGCUUCAAGUUCACAAGUAUUUGAAGGAAAGAAUAUUCACUUCCGUUAUGAUGGAACAAUUUUUUAACAUUAGCUCGAGAAUACACAUACCUAUACUUCAAACAAGCAAUAUCUCGUCAGUGCUAACCGCAAUGAAAAAUAGCUCAGUAUUCGAUUUGGCAGCCAAAUUCACAACUCUGUCAUCAAACUACCAUUCAAAGACCUUGAACGAAUUGAACAAAACUUUUGAAGAUUUUGAUUUUUUAAUGUUAUGGAGCAAUCGAAUGGACUUCACAGAGUCGUUUGAACGUUUAUGUGAUCAACAAUUGGGAGAUGUUAAGGAAGGCAUUACCUAUGUACGAAAUGUGUUCAUAAUUGUUGUGUGCUCGAUAUCAGCAGCAUAUUUUAUUUACAUUAUAAUUUAUAUUUUGGUUAUUCAGCGGACCUUAUCAAGGCUUGGACAAAUUAUUUCAUUGUUUCGACAAAUCUCAAAGGAGGAGGUGCGCAAGGUGCUCAGUAUUAUGGAGCAAAAAACAGAAGACAAAAUUAUCAGCACGAAAGAGUAUGUCGCAACCACAAAACGAGUCUUGAUAGCUCUGGUAGUUGUUUCUUUACUUAUCACAUGUAUAUGUGGAGUCUUAAUUAUCUACGAAGCAAUAUCCUUUAUCGAAAAUGAAUCUCUUGCCAUGCAAAAAAUUCAGUCUGCCAAUAAGGUGUUGCAGAUUUUGCAACGAUGCAAAUUUAAAAUAAUAGAACUAUUAAUGAAUGACAAUCAAGCAUUAGGAGUUUCAAAAUAUCAAUUUUACACAGAAAUUAAGGUUCAUAUUUCUGACUUGUUUGUAGCUUGGAAUGCUUUUAGAUAUGGAGAUGAAAGUAAUGGAUUUAAGGCCUUGACUGGGAAUGGGGUUGAAAUAGAUAAUAUAUUACUGCAAUCUAUCGAAUGUAAUGGAACCAAUUUUUCAUGCUACUCAUUGGAUCAAUUGAUGACCUAUUUUAAGGUUUCAGAAAAAGUUAAUGACAACGUGUACCAUCAAGUAUAUCCAACUGACCAAUUAUUUGUAGAAUUUUCUGAACUAUUUGACAGUUCAAUUUCAAUUACAGACAAGACCACAUUAUUCAUUUCUAAAUAUGCAUCCUUCGUGACAUCUCAAGUGAUGGUCAUUUCUGCGGUUGCGUUUUCUUUAACUAUUUUAUCACUUUUCGUGCUUAUUUACGCAAUAUACCGUUUCAUGUCAAAUCACAUGAAUGAAAUCCAUCAAUUUAGGAUCAUGCUUAAUCAUUUGCAUUGGGAGACUUUGGAUAACGAACCGCUUUUACAUGCAUAUGUAAUGAACUAUUCACUCAGUGCAAGUGAGCAGAAAAAAGCUCAAACAGUUUUUGACAAUUCUUCAAAGGAAAAAGCAAUAUUAGAGGCUGCUGUUGAAGGGGCCGUGGUUUGCUCAACAUUUGGUUCUAUUUACAUAUUCAACCAGAGUGCACAAAGGCUUUUUGGAUUUAGAUCAGAUGAAGUGAUAGGAACACCUUUGGAAGAGCUAUUCACUCCUGAAUCUCGUGGCAAGGUAGCCACAUUUAUUUCUAGUUCCCUUAAUACAACCUCCAAUCAAGGCGAGACCUUAUCUAUCUUUGGACUUCGAAAAAACAAGACAACCUUUCCAGCGACAGUCAACUUGAGUGUUUCGGUACUUAAAGAAAAUGAGAAUAUCAUUUCAUGUUUUAUCAAAGACGCCACCAUUGAAAAGCAGCACGAUGCUGAAUUAGCGGAGGAGAAGAAAAAGUCUGAGGCCUUAUUACUGAACAUUUUACCGGAAAGCGUAGCUCUGCGAUUGCAAAAUGGAGAAACCUUUAUCGCUGAUAAGGUGGAUGAUUGUACUUGUUUAUUUAGUGAUAUUUGCAAUUUCAACGAAAUUUCGAGUAACAUGGGAGCAAGUGAAAUUGUUCAAAUGUUAUCGAUUAUAGUCAGUGGCUAUGAUGCACUUGUCCCCAAAUAUCACUUGGAGAAAAUCAAAACCAUUCAAAGUCAUUACUUUUGUGUGGGUGGUUUGCCAACUUCACACUCUAAUCAUUCACAACAAGAUCAUCCAGAAUUGGUACUUCAGUUUGCAAUGGAAAUGUUUAGCGUCAUGUAUCGGUAUAAUAUUCAAUUCGGAACGAAUAUGACGAUCAAGGUAGGAAUGCAUUGUGGAGCUCUCGUUACUGGCGUGAUUGGUCGGCUUAAAUUUGCCUACGAUGUUUGGGGUGAUGCGGUCAAUACAGCUUCAAGAAUGGAAUCUGUGGGUGUGGAUGGUCGAAUUCAAUGCUCACGAGAAGCAUAUCUUCGACUGUGUUCCAAAUUCGAAUUUGAAGAGCGAAAAGAUGUUUACGCGAAAGGAAAGGGUCUCUUGACCACCUACUUAUUAAGCACCAAUUAUUACCAAAACCCACAAAGUGCCAGCAUGACCAUUCUCAUUGAAGGAAGAGAUUAUCAUGAACACCAUGAACAUCAACAUUCAGAUGCUCUUUCUCGAGGCUCGUAUGACAUCUCAGAUAAUGGAUCGAGUGCUCCUCCAUCACUCAUCGUUGAAGAGGGACACACGGUGGCACAUCAUGAUGGCAUUCAUCAUCACACACAGGGGGAUCAUGAAAUGACCCAUCCAACACACCAGGCGUCACAUGUGGUGACCAGUCAGAACCAGAACAAUCAUUCGAUUGUAUUGUCUGGUCACCAUCAUCAUCAUCAAACAUUGCAUCAAUCACACCAUCAUGCUUCGUCAUCCAAUGAGGAACAACAUUAUUCACAACAUGCUCCAAUGACGAAUCAUCAUCAACAUCAACAUGUGGACAUACAUGACAACAAUGAAGACAUUGAAAAAGAGCAGUCAGACAACCUUCCUCAAGAAUAA